GCAAGUUGUGGCAUAAAGUAUAGUGCUUACACAAGUAUGGAAUUAAUAUUAGGAAGAAGAAAUAAAUAUAUCCUUGUUAUUCCAAACUCAAAAAUGUGGUUUGGCCAGAGAUUAAUAACAUGCAUCUUUCUACUGUUUAUGUUCAUGGAUUGCCAAGCUUCAUCAACUCACUACAAUUUUGUGGUGAAAGAAGUUCCAUACACAAGACUAUGCAGCACUAAAAAUAUCUUGACCAUAAAUGGGAAAUUUCCAGGGCCAACUAUAAGGGUUCACAAAGGAGAUACCAUCUUUGUUAAGGUUCACAACAAAGGAAAACACAACAUCACCCUUCAUUGGCAUGGAGUGAAGCAGCCUGGAAAUCCAUGGUCAGAUGGCCCAGAAUACAUAACACAAUGCCCUAUUCAACCAGGAGCAACAUUCAACCAAAAGAUAAUAUUUUCGAGUGAAGAAGGAACCUUAUGGUGGCAUGCUCAUAGUGACUGGUUGAGAGCUACUGUUCAUGGCUCUAUUGAGAUUUUUCCCAUGAAAGGAACCACUUAUCCUUUCCCAAAACCUCAUAGAGAGAUUCCCAUAAUUCUAGGAGAAUGGUGGAAGAGUGAUAUACUUCAAGUGUUUGAGGAAUUUGUUGUGAGUGGUGGUCAACCCAACGUUUCUGAUGCUUUGACCAUAAACGGUCAGCCUGGAGAUUUGUACAAUUGUUCAAAAUCAGACACAUUCAAACUCGUUGUGGAACACAACAAAAGCUACCUACUCCGAAUGGUAAACGCCGCAAUGAACACAAUCCUCUUCUUCGCCAUAGCUCAACACAGCCUCACAGUGGUCGGAAUAGACGGCAGCUACACCAAACCAUUCACCACAAAUUACAUCACAAUCUCCCCUGGCCAAACCAUCGAUGCCCUCUUCACCGCCAACCAAAACACCGGUCUCUACUACCUGGCAGCCAGAGCUUACUCGACUGGAGUCAAUGUCUCUUUCGAUAAUACGACAACAACAGCCAUACUUCAAUACAAAUCGUCCCAAAACGACAACAAUGUAGCCUGUAGUUUAGCUCCACUCUUCCCUUACCUUCCUUACUACAACGACACAAACUCAGCUUUCAACUUCGUAGCUAGGAUUAGGAGCUUGGCCAAUGAAGACCAUCCAAUAAAUGUUCCCACCAAGAUCACAACUCGUAUAGUUUCCACUAUCUCUAUCAACACAUUUCCUUGCCCUUAUGGUUAUAAUAACGACACGUGUCAAGGACCCAAUGGGACACGUUUGGCUGCCAGUAUGAACAACAUAAGCUUUGUGUUGCCUUAUAAGAUUGAUGUUUUGGAGGCUUACUACUUUCACAUCAAUGGGAUUGUGAGGGCAAAUUUUCCCAUUUUCCCACCUCUUUUGUUUAAUUUUACGGCUGAGUUUUUGCCUUUGGAGCUUCAAACACCUGAGCAUGGGACUAGGGUUAGGGUUUUGGAGUAUGGUUCGACUGUGGAACUUGUUUUCCAAGGAACAAACCUGGUUGCUGGAAUAGACCACCCUAUGCAUCUUCAUGGGUUUAGUUUUUAUGUUGUGGGGUAUGGAUUUGGAAAUUUUGAUCCGGAAAGAGAUGAGUUGGGAUAUAAUCUUGUUGACCCUCCUUUUCAAAACACUCUGAUGGUACCUAAAAAUGGCUGGGCCACCAUAAGAUUUGCUGCCAAUAACCCAGGAGUAUGGUUUAUGCACUGUCAUUUGGAGCGUCAUCUCACUUGGGGAAUGGACACAGUUUUCAUAGUAAAGAAUGGGCAUUACAAAGAAGAACAGUUGCUACCUCGUCCACCAGACAUGCCCCCCUGUUGAUAAAUAUUUAAUUACUCCUAAUUAAUAAGUUUAAUUAAAUUAUUAUAUAAAUAAUUAAUAAUUAAGCCAAUAAUAAUGUGUGUGAGAUCUCUCUAGCUAAUUAUAUAUAUAAUUACUUAUUUAUUACAUUUUAUGUAUUAUGGUAUUUGGGCAUAUAGAAUAUCUAUAGAGUUAUUUGCUUUGUAAUUGCUUGAUCGGAUUUGUAUAACUUGGAUUAAAGUCCCAAACAAGUUA